AUGCACGAAGCCCACUUAAUCGCUGGUUUUGCCGCAAUCUCCAGUGGCAUCGCCAUUAUUACAUGUGCCUUAGUAAUACCAUCUCUCUACGCUAUUAUUAGCCAAACUCAUGAAAAUGUGAUCGAUGGUGUGCAAUUCUUCCGUGUAGAAACUGAUUCUGCUUGGGUUGAAAUGAUGGAUAUUCAAAUUAGCGUAUCACCGCCAAGUAAACCAAAGGAAAAUCCAUUCAACAGCAUUUUCCGUCAAAAGCGUCAAAACUUCCAAGGUUUACCAGCAUGGUGUAUGUGUGAACCACCAAAAGUUACCUGCCCUCCAGGACCUCCAGGACCGCCAGGAAAACCAGGAGCGCCAGGAACGCCCGGCCUGAAAGGUCCGCCAGGAAAAGACGACACAACUGUUUAUGAAGCAGUCGUUUGUCCAAAACCAGACACCUCCUGCAUCAAAUGUCCUGCUGGCCCACCAGGACCAAAAGGACCUACUGGACCUCGAGGUCCUCAAGGACCCGCUGGUGCGCCAGGGAAAACAGGUGUUAUGGGCAAGAACGGUGCACCAGGAGCACCCGGACCA